GCCAGUGCCUUGUGGCUGACAGCAGUUAGUGAGCCACACGGUUAGUUAAUGCUUUUAGGACAAUCUCUAUAUUUUCUCAUUUAUUGAAUUAAUACGAUGUCUUCGCUUCUUAAGGUGGACAAUGAAAUCAAAACAAAGGUCGACGCUUUCAGGGAACGAAUUACAUCAGAGGCAGAAGACCUGGUUGCAAACUUUUUCCCGAAGAAAUUGUUAGAGUUGGACCAGUUUUUGAAGGAUCCCAUAAUUAAUAUUCGUGAGUUGAAAGAAAUUCAUUCAGAGAUCAAUCUGACUGUACCAGACCCAAUUCUGCUUACAGACAUCCAUGAUGGACUUGAGGGGCAAAACGCUAAAAAGAGGAAACUUGAAGAUGGUGCAAGAGAUGACAAAGUUGGCGGGACCAAGGUCUUUGUAAUGCCUGGCGGAAUGAUGAAAAGUAAUGGCAAGCUAGUGGACCUGAUUGAAAAAGUCAAGCCUGAAAUCAGAACCGUCAUUGAAAAGUGCAAUACAGUCAAGAUGUGGGUUCAGUUGUUAAUCCCGAGAAUAGAGGAUGGCAACAAUUUUGGCGUCUCAAUUCAAGAGGAGACCGUUACAGAACUAAGAACAGUGGAAGGGGAGGCAGCAUCUUUCUUGGACCAGAUAUCUAGAUACUACAUCACCAGGGCAAAGCUGGUUUCCAAAAUAGCAAAAUACCCUCAUGUUGAGGACUAUCGUCGAACAGUGACAGAGAUUGACGAAAAGGAAUACAUCAGUCUCAAGAUAAUAGUGUCAGAAUUGAGAAAUCAAUAUGUAACAUUACAUGACAUGAUCCUGAAGAACAUUGAGAAGAUCAAGAGGCCAAGGAGCAGCAAUACAGAUGCUCUAUACUAAGAUCACCGUCUCCGUUUGUUCUUAGCCCAUUGUUCCACGCUUUGGAGCUUGCAUUAGCUUUCAGCUAGUUCCAGAGCUUUCCUGUCAUCCAUUAUAACCAGGCCUGUUCAUAUAGGCCUCAUAGAACAUGUCACUUAAGAUAUAAUUGUAAAAUAUGGUUGCUAUUUUAAACCCUUUAAAAGUAAACCCGUUUUGUUUCUAAACGGACAGUGUAGAUGUUUUAAGGCAGAGCCUGAACAUGCCUCCUAAGGAAACUGUCUCAAAUUUGAUUUUCUUUAUUAAAGAAACAUCACAACAGUGGGUUCUUUUUUUUGCAAAGCCAAAUUACACGUUCUGUUAUUGAAAGAAUUCAGGACAUUUUAAGUAUUUCUGAGCCUCUUUAUGGGUAAUUUGAUUAAUAACGGUCAUCCACACAUGAUGAUCAGUUUCUCCAGUUGGAAAGAAAGAGCUCUUAUCAAUGCUGUAUUUCACAAGCGGUUGUGUUGUUGUAUCUGAAAUGUACAUGUAGGUUAAAGCGAAAUGAAAGCAGUUUUUGUGCAAGAUUUUAUUUGGAGUGUGAGCUGACAGUUAUUACAUAAUGGAAUACAUAUAUUUUACAUCUGAAAUUACAGAUUCAUCAAUGUCUGGAAGCUUUUUAUGGUUCUUUUUGUCCAGUUUAAAGAAUGAUACAUUUUGCUGAAUAAACUAUUGUUUUUACAAGACA